AUACAAAUUGUCAUUAAUAAAGACUUGUUAAAAGUUGACAAAACGUUCAUAUGAUCAGAUUAGUUUCAAUAAUACACUUCCAAUCACAUAUUUGAAAAUAAUUCAAGUCGGUAUGGUACAGUUCGGAACAAGUCCUGAUUUUCCAGUACAGAAGUCAAGACCGUCAUUCAGCAUCAGUAGGGUGCUUGGAGAAGACAUUGACGAUACACCAAGAGAUUAUUCGUUACAUUUCAAAAGUGAAAAUUCAGCCCAGAAUUCAAGUAAUGAAACAAAUGAUGACAAUGGGAACAUAGAUGUUGAAACAUUUGAAUCUGAUGUCGAGGAAAGUAGUUUUUCAGAGAGUAUGUUCCGAGGAAAAUCUCCCACCGAAUCAGAUGCAGAUUCUUGUUCUGAAGGGAUAGAAUCAAAUGAAGCUAAAACUGAAGAUAAAAAACGCGAAGAUGAAAAACAGAAUGGAGUGAAGAAGCCAGAAAAACCACCAUUUAGUUACAAUGCACUUAUUAUGAUGGCUAUCAGAAGUAGUCCUGAAAAAAGACUGACAUUGAAUGGAAUUUACGAAUUUAUCAUGAAAAGUUUCCCAUACUACAAAGACAAUAAACAGGGCUGGCAAAAUUCUAUCCGUCACAAUCUGAGUUUGAAUAAAUGUUUCGUCAAAGUACCAAGACAUUAUGAUGAUCCAGGAAAAGGAAACUACUGGAUGUUAGAUCCAUCUUGCGAUGAUGUUUUCAUAGGUGGAACAACUGGAAAACUUCGGCGCAGAUCCACAACAGCCUCUCGAAGUAGACUUGCCGCAUUGAAACGAGCAGGUUUUCCGGGAUUUCCUUUCAAACCAAAUUCUCCGUACAUGUGGUCUAUGUCACCUUUUUACAACCUUGGAGCCGGUGCGGCCUCUUUGAGGUAUCCUGGACUUUCAGGGCUGUCUCUGUAUCCAUACACAAACUUAUUAUCGUCCGCAGCAGCCAUGCCAAAUCCAGCACAUACUAGAACCACGAACUUUUCCGUAGAUCGUUUACUUGGACUAGACAUUGGUGCUACUAACGCGUCAAAUAUGCAAUCUGUUAAAAAUGGAUCUCAGAGUUUCCAGUGGUAUCCAUCUCCAACAGGACUAAGACUACCCGUAAGUGAUCCCGAAACUAGUCCCCGAGGACUCGAUUUAAGUUUUCUUAAAGGACUCCAUGGUCUUCCAGUCUCGCCUGGGUCUGCGUUCACGUCUCCCGUCUCUCUGCAACAGGCCACUGCCCUGAACAGAAACAUUUUAUCACAAGCAUCGUUACACCAUAGACAAUCAGUGAAUGAUGGCAGAACAAGUUAAUCUGACAAAUAUAACUUAUUUCGGUGCAAUAUAGAAACAUUAUGGAAGAUAAUUGACUUCAAGGUAAACUGUCAAAAAAUCUGUUCUAAAAGUGCUGUUUUUAGUGCAUGCAUUUGAAAAAAUAACUGUUUUAAUCUGUUAUAGUAUGUUACCUGAAAAGGAUUAUCUUUUUAAUAUAUAUUAUUAAAUUCAAUAUAGAUGUCA